AUGGAACCACAGAGCUUAAGAAUCCUUAUCAUAGGUAGCAUCGCACAGAAGGAAUGCAGCCCCAAAUCGCAAAUCGAGAAGCUUGAGAAAUUUCUUAAUAAUCUUGUCAAGAAAAAUGGCAAUUUUGACCACAUUUUCUGAGUAGGAUCUGUACUUGGAGCUGAGGCUAAAGCCAUGAACGAUUUCAAACCCUAUAUCAAAGGGCAAAAAGAAUUCAGUGAAUCAUGAAAAGUUAAAUUCAUCGAUAGCUCCCCAAUGAUUGGUCCAUUCAUGCAUAGUAAGCCAGAAGGCCAUGAAAUUUUCAAAAACUUCUCCUUCCUCGGGAGAAGUGGAAUAUUUGAGGACAAAAAUGGGUUCAGACUUGCAUAUCUUAGCGGAAAAGAUAACGAUCUCUACGAAAACAGAACAAUGAUUCUGGACGGUAACAAAGAGCUCAACGAUGUGAAAUACACUAGCAAUCAUUUCACAUCAGAAGAUAUCACUAAGAUACUGGAAGAUUACAAAAAGAUUGUAGAAAAGUCAGGAAAACCAGGUGUUGAUCUCUUCCUCUGCAACCAGUGGCCUAUAAACAUCCUGAAAUAUACGAGCGAUGAGUUUCCUGAUUUAUAUUUCAAUUUCUCAACGAAGAUAGCCCAGGUGGUUAACAAGGUUAGCCCAAGAUAUGUCAUAACUUCUUCAUGAGGAAAGGACUUGUUUUACCAAAGAAAUGUCUUCAUGAAUAACGAAGGGUUCGCAACGAGGUUCGUGUCGCUGAGUAGUCUGCCAAAUCCUGACUCAAAAACAGCAUUCAAGGAUAAGUACCUCCACGCUCUGAGCAUCAAGCCAUUGGUGCAUUCGACCCUUGAGGAACUUACUGAGACCGAAUUUGGAGGUGCUACUGAUCAGUCUAAACUAGCCCCUGGUCUAAGAAACCCAUUUCUCCCGCCUAAAGGCGGUGAUAGUGAUGACUACUUGAUCCAAGAGAAGCUUCAACUUGGGGUUAAACUCAUGGAAGAGAGAAAGCUCACAAAAGAUGAUGACCAUGAAGAUAGCGACGAGAGUGUCCAAGAGAUUAGAAACGAAAUCUUUGUUGCCAAUCUUCCGAGAAAAUGUGAUUAUAACGAUCUCAAAGACUUCUGUGCCAGAUAUGGCGAGAUUAGAGAAAUUGAUAUGAAAUACGAUAACAGAACUGGCAAAUUCAGAGGAUUCGCCAUCAUAAAAUAUAACGAAGACUCCUGUGCAGAAGCUGCUGUUGAAGACUCUAACAGAUACAGAAUUCAAGGUAGGAGAAUCUCAAUUUCAUACAACAAAAAGCGUCAAGCGAAGAAGUCUACCAAAACUGGUGAUGAAACUUGCUGGUUCUGCUUUAACAACAAAGAUAUUGAGAGGCACCUUAUCUGUAAUGUGGGAAAGGAGCUAUAUGUUGCACUCCCCAAAGGGCCUGUAGUCGAUCAUCAUUUCUUAAUAAUACCCAAAAAUCAUAUCCAAGGGACUCUUGCUCUUCCAGAAUCAGCUAGAAAUGAACUGGAGAAAACGAAGAAAAUGCUAACAGACUUCAUCACAGAACAUGAUGAGAAUGAUUACUUCAUUUUUGAGAGGAAUUUGCCUUUAAAAUUCGAAAAUGCAAUGCACAUGAAUCUCCAAGUGAUUUCUCUUCCACCAGGUGCAUAUGACCUAGACGAUAGGAUUCAGGAUAUGCUCCGCGCAAGCAUGCUCGAAUUCGAAGUAUUGAGUGGGCCUGUUGAAGAAGCCUUUAGAGAAGAAACCGAGGCUGGAGAGACAGAGAAAUAUUACCUCUACUUUGAAUACCCAGGCUUAAGAACAGCUAAAGGGCGUGGAAAAGUCAGAUUGCUAGUUAAAGUUCCUAAAGAAAGCAACACUAACCACUUAAUGCAACUUGGAAGAGUAAUGGUCUGAGAGCUUCUUGAAGCCAGAGAAAAAGCAAAUUGGAAAGCAUGCGAACUUUCCAAAGAAGAAGAGAUAUCCAUUGUCAAAAAGGUCACUCCAAUGCUUGAAAAAUACAAAUAAUUCAGUUUGCAACGUGUGG